UCUACAGACAGCUAACCUGAUAGCAAACAACAACAGAAGAUCCCGGACUACUAGCGUUAUAAUUACACCCAAGACAAAGGGGGCAAACUGCUUCCAUCUGGCCUGCACUGAUGCAGAUGGACGUCAGGACCAAGCACUGACGAGUGGAAGCGACAGAUUCCUCUGCCUCCUCACCCGCUUGCCCCUGACACCUUCUGUCACGCUGGCAAUGUCAAGAGUCCCGAGUCCCCCUCCCCCUGCGGAAAUGUCCAGCGGGCCUGUGGCCGAGAGCUGGUGUUACACUCAGAUCAAAGUGGUAAAGUUCUCGUACAUGUGGACCAUCAACAACUUCAGCUUCUGUCGUGAGGAGAUGGGUGAGGUCAUCAAGAGCUCCACCUUCUCUUCUGGGGCCAAUGACAAGCUGAAAUGGUGUUUGCGUGUCAAUCCUAAAGGCCUGGAUGAGGAGAGCAAAGACUACCUGUCUCUCUACCUGCUGCUGGUCAGUUGUCCGAAGGCCGAGGUCCGCGCCAAGUUCAAGUUCUCCAUCCUGAACGCCAAGGGAGAGGAGACCAAAGCCAUGGAGAGCCAGAGGGCAUAUCGUUUUGUCCAAGGGAAAGACUGGGGUUUUAAAAAGUUCAUCCGGAGAGACUUCCUCCUAGAUGAGGCCAACGGUCUUCUACCUGACGACAAGCUUACGCUGUUCUGUGAGGUGAGUGUGGUUCAGGACUCGGUCAACAUAUCUGGUCAAAACACCAUGAACAUGGUGAAGGUUCCUGACUGUCGGCUAGCAGACGAGCUGGGGGGUCUUUGGGAGAACUCGCGCUUCACAGACUGUUCCCUGUGUGUGGCUGGUCAGGAGUUUCAGGCCCACAAAGCCAUCCUAGCAGCUCGCUCCCCUGUAUUCAGUGCCAUGUUCGAACAUGAGAUGGAGGAGAGCAAAAAGAACCGUGUUGAGAUAAACGACGUGGAGCCGGAGGUUUUCAAAGAGAUGAUGUGCUUCAUCUACACAGACAAAGCCCCAAAUCUGGACAAGAUGGCCGACGACCUGCUGGCAGCAGCGGACAAGUACGCUCUGGAGAGACUGAAGGUCAUGUGUGAGGACGCACUGUGCACCAGCCUGUCGGUGGAAAAUGCAGCAGAGAUCCUGAUCCUGGCCGACCUCCACAGCGCCGACCAGCUCAAAACGCAGGCUGUCGACUUCAUCAACUAUCACGCUGCAGAGGUGAUGGAGACAGCCGGCUGGAAGUCGAUGGUGGCGUCUCACCCUCACCUGGUGGCCGAAGCUUACCGCUCGCUGGCCUCAGCCCAGUGCCCCUUCCUCGGACCCCCACGCAAGCGCCUCAAACAAUCCUAACAGCCUCACAGCAAGGCGCCUACACCUCUGCGUACACACAACACAUGCAAACACACAGAAAACACACAGAAACCCCCUCCCCCUUCAAACACACAGGGACAACCUUACCCCCUUUGCUGUUACCUACCACACUACCUACAGCCUCCCCCAAAUCUCCCCCCUUCUGCCCCAUCCAACCUGCUGUAUUAGUCUCUUCUGAAGACGGAGGGAAAAAGGAGGAGGAGGAGGAGAUGAAGGAGAGAAGGGGCAGGUGGGCUCGUGAAGUGGAUGUUUAUCGUUUACAGAAAUAAACCCUCCCUUUUUCUCCUCGGCUCUGGCUUAGUGAGGUCUGACAUCGUGCUCUUUUCCCGCGUGACGUUAAAUCCUUCGACAUCCUGCUAGUUCCCUCUUUGGGAUCCGUUCGGGAGGAAGAACUGGAUGCAACAACCCAACGAGAGCCAACAUGGAGGCUUAAAGGACAAGUACAGAUAAAAUAAAGCCUUUAACUGGCUAUUUUAUCACAAGGCCCUCAAACUAAUGGACUCAUAGGACUGAAAAAGACGAUGACACGGGCCUGUUAGUGACAAACUAGAAGCCCCCCCGAGAGAGACAACCAAGGGCUAGUUUAAAAAAAAAAAAAAGCAGAUGUGGGACAAAAUCUUCAAAAUAAUUCUCCCAAAGAAAGUUGGGAAACAUUGCACUAAAGUCUCCCCUCUUCAAGCCGUACCAGCAGUAAGUAGAAAUACUGUAGGCAAGCACACAAGGACUGAAGACGCAGCUGGACCACCAAGAACAAGAACCCUUUAACAUGAUUGAUCCGAAAAUGACAUGUACUCACAUAGCUCUGCUUCAUCUGCAUCCGUUUUUUAUUUUUCAGACACUUGAGGGGGAAGAACCGUGUAGAGAGGAUUCAGAAAAUAGCUACGCACAACUGGAUGUCAUUCUUGGGGAAUUAGUAAUUUGUGUGUGGAUCUGUCUUUGUAGCCCCCUUGAGAGAAAACUAAAAUCCAAAGCAUCGGACAAACCAACCAGGAGACAAUAAACAGAGGGAAACAAGAGUCCAAAUAGCAUUCAGAUCCAAUCAGGCAUGAUAAUGUUCUUUUAUGAUGGAUUUCUUAUUUGUUUUUUUCCUCAGAAGUGUCAUUUCUAUUUUUUUCAUAGAAAUUUGUACAGACACAAAUGUUUUUGAAGCUGUGUAAGUAAACAAAAGCAUUUUCAACUGUAACAUUGAAAAAAAGUGAACAGAUGUUUUCUUUGCAGACAUGAAGACUGAGGGGAAAUGAAAUUGAAAUGAACACGUUUUAAUGUUCAGAAUAGACAGAAUGUGAAUAAAAGGCUCACCGAGGCAAAACCACACGACAAACAUUUGAAGUUAUCAUUUGGUGGAAAAUGGUAAUCCAUAGAAGGAACCGUCGUCGUUUCUUUCCUGUAGAUAUCGCUGGUUAUGAGAAGUGACACUUAGUUGUUGCCAUUUUUUGUUCCCAAAAGAAUAAACCACAACUAUUUUGUAUUGAAUGCAAUGCAAAGUUUGU